AGCGAAGGAGGAUCCACCGAGAACGAGACAAGCUACGCAUGCGCGCACACUGCCGUUUCCCUGGCAACCGGCCCGGUGCUAGGCCCAGGCCUCACUCCUCGCCUCCACCGGGAUAUGUACGAAUGGAUCCGAGGCAAUAUCGCCUCUCUUCUGUCUACUACCCCGGCAGCUCCACCUCUCAGUGUUCCUAACCGGAGCAGUGCUGUCCCCUUGAAGCGCAGCUACCAGAGUGUCCAGAAUUCUAAUGACGAAAUUGAAUGGAUAUCAGUAAAAAGGCAAAAGCUGGGUGAAUUUGUGAAUUCAGUUCAGAAGUCUAUCUCAGGAUUUGUUAGCUAUAUUAGAUCAGUGUCAUCAUUUGGGCACUUGGUCAUGCAAGUGGACUCCAAAGCCACACAGAAGACGGACAAACCAUUGAAACAGAUUUUUUCCUCAUCCCUGACUGACCUUUCUUAUUGGGGUUCUGGUGAAUCUUUACCAAAAACAGAUCUAAAACAAGAUGUUGACCGUGAAUCAAAGAGAAGGGAUUAUGGAAAUGAAAGGAUUUGGCAUGAUUUUGGCAUUAUAAAACAGAGAUCGUAUUGUGAGCUUCCAGGAGAAACUAGCGAGCAGCAACCUUUUCUUCUAAAGCACCAUAGCCUUCCAUCAACACCAUCACCAAUCAGGAAAAAUGUUAGAAGCUACCACUGUAUUGUGAAUGAGGGCAUAGAGAAGAAUGAUAAGGAACAGUAUCAACUCCUGUUACGACUGGUGGCUGCAGGAUUAGACAAAAAAUCUAAGCAGCAACCUUCAGUUUCUGCAUCCAAGCCAACACAAUGUGUUAGUUCUGCUGGUCCCAGCCAGCGUAAUCAUAGAAAGCCUGAAUCUAGGGACGGAUUUAGUGACUGUGAAAAUAACCAGAUAGCACUGCCAACAUUAAAACUGGGUCCAUCCGUAUGGAAGAACUCUAAUACUGCCAAGUCAACAUCAGUGAAUGCCAAUGUAAGGUAUAAGCCAAUCAGCUAUGAUGAUCAGUCAGAAGUCUUACAGACAACCAGAAGUAAUCCAAAUGCCAAAAUGAAGGAACGUACAAUGGAACAGCAUAUAGGCUGUGACCUAUCAGAUGAAGUCGCAGCGCGAUUGUACCUGGAUGAGGGAGAUGCAACAGGAUCUGUCAAAAUGCCACCCUCUCAAAACUUAAAGGAAAAUCUGAGCAUCUUAAGUAAAGAACGAAGAGGAGAUGUUCCUGAGUUCACUGAGAGAAUGGUGGAGGAGGUAAGAAAGGCACUUGACUAUGGAGAACCUGAAGAAGUACUUAGCACUGGGUUUAAACUGAGGAUAACACGAAAGGACAUCAGCACUUUGUGUAAUUACAACUGGCUGAAUGAUGAGAUUAUUAACUUCUACAUGUGCUUACUUAUGGAAAGGAGUAAAGACACGUCUUUGCCCAAAGUUUACGCAUUUAGUACUUUCUUCUAUCUGAAAUUGCAUACUGGAGGCUACCUGGCAGUAAAGCAAUGGACAAAGGGUAUUGAUUUAUUUGAAAAGGACCUCAUACUGGUACCAGUCCAUUUAGGUGUACACUGGUGUUUGACGGUAGCAGAUUUAAGAAAGAAGACAAUCCUUCACCUUGAUUCCAUGGGCCAAUGGAAUGAUGAUUUGUGCUGGACACUGUUGCGAUACUUACAAGAAGAAAGCAAAAAUAAGAAAGGCCGACGUUUGGAUUCCUCUGAGUGGAUUCUCCGCAGCAUGAGAUCUCAUGAAGUUCCACAGCAAAUGAAUGGAAGUGACUGUGGGGUAUUUGUAUGCAAGUAUGCCGACUACAUUGCAAGGGGUGAGCAAAUUACCUUCACCCAGCAUGACAUUCCUUACUUUAGAAUGAAAAUGAUUUGGGAGAUUCUCAACAAAAGAAUGCUGUGAUGUCUAGCUGUUGAUCGAAUCAACGCUAAAGAAAAGGUCUAAUGACUUCAGUGCAUCCACGUGGGCCUUUAAAUGGCCAGAAAUGUGCUAAAUGCUGGAUUCUUUUUGGAGCCUGCAUCUGCUUCUGGAUAUUUGAAUGAGGAUUGCACCAGAUGCUUGUUGCCAUUCUGCUCACUCACCCUUCAUUCUGGUUGAGUAUAAUGGCACAGCAGAUAACAAGAGUAAGGUAACGAGGAAUAAACAGAACAUCAAAUUCAACCAACUCUCUUUGAAAAACCAAAGCUGACUUCUGGCCAAAGGGUGGUGUUCAGGAAUGUAUUUAAAUAUGUGUAUUUCAACAACAAACCUAACAGCAAUAAAGCCUCUAGAAAAGCAGUACAAACGUUUCUUGUCUUCUUGCACUUCUGAAACUGUGUGUAAUUUGGAAUACCAACAACUUAAUGCUGAUCAAGAAAGACUUUUUGGGGUAAGUGGAGUGAGUGUUAGUCUUCUUACCAGGAUUGACUGAUGUUGUUGACAGUCGUUCCCUCCAUUAUUACAACCACAUUCAUGUGGAAAUAUAUGAAUCGGUAAUUCCUUUGGAUACUGUAUGCUCUUCAACUGUUAUGUGUGUUUAGAUUUAUAUUUAUGGCU